UAAAACCAAAAAUUGCUCCAAUAAGGUUGGGCUAUUGUCUCUCAUCAUAACUAGAACCUUCCAAUCUCUAACAGAAGUUUGGGGCUUUCUAAUUCGAGGGUGCAAACCCCCAAAAUUCCUAACUCUCAAGCUCAUAAUCUACCAUAUCAUUCACUGGGAGUAAAAUUCGAAGAAACCCAUAAAAAGCCCCCCAAAUGGUUCGCUCUUAUGGCGUCAAGCUUGUUGCUUGGCUCGCUCGCCGCUCUCCCUCAUCCAACCUUUUCGAAGAUUCUGCUAAUUCUGUAUAUAAGAGUCUGUUAAAUGGGAAUUGUAGGGGAUUGAGUACUGGGGUUUGCAACCCUGGUUGGGUUAUUGGCAAGUACACUCCUAAAAAUGUUAACCACAAAAACUGGUUGUUAUUGGGAUCUUUGAAUGCCAAUAUUUGCACAACGAGGUCAAUUCAUGGCUCUGCUUAUAUGUCAGGAGAUUAUUAUGAUGUACUUGGAGUUAGCAAGAAUGCAACUUCAUCUGAAAUAAAGAAAGCUUAUUAUGCGCUGGCAAAGAAACUCCAUCCUGAUACAAAUAAAGAUGAUCCUGAAGCUGAAAAGAAGUUUCAAGAAGUUUCGAAGGCUUAUGAGGUUUUGAAAGAUGACGAAAAGCGUGCACAAUAUGAUGAGGUUGGCCAUGAUGCAUAUGAACGUAAUCUCAAUGGAGAUUUUCAUCCUGGUGGACCAGGAUUCGAUAAUCCAUUUGAUAGCUUCUUCAGAAUGGAUGACAUAUUCGGCAACAUAUUUAAGCAGAAGCUUGGCGGCCAAGAUGUCAAGGUUGCUGUUGAGCUAUCCUUCAUGGAAGCUGUUCAGGGAUGCACCAAAACUAUCACAUUUCAAGCUGAUACAGUUUGUGAAGCUUGUUAUGGAGAAGGUAUUCCUCCUGGGGUAAAACCUGAAAUGUGUAAGCGCUGUAAAGGCACUGGCAUGGUGUUUACCCAAAAAGGAUUCUUUAGUAUUCAACAUACUUGUAAUCAGUGUGGUGGAACUGGGCAAACUGUAUCGAGUUUUUGCAAGACAUGCAAUGGACGUAGAGUAGUGAGAGGAACAAAGUCUGUCAAUUUGGAUAUUAUGCCAGGAGUGGAUGACAAUGAAACCAUAAAGGUGCCAAGAAGUGGUGGAGCAGACCCAGAUAGAAAUCAACCUGGUGAUCUAUUCGUAACCAUCAGGGUUCGGGAAGAUCCUGUUUUCCGUAGAGAAGGCUCUAACAUUCAUGUGGAUGCUGUUUUGAGUGUUACUCAGGCAAUUUUGGGGGGAACCAUCCAGGUCCCUACUCUCACAGGAGAUGUUGUACUUAAGGUCCGGGCUGGCACCCAGCCUGGCCAGAAGGUGGUCCUCAAGAAAAAAGGGGUUAAAGCUCGUGGCUCUUACUCUUUCGGUGACCAAUUUGUGCACUUCACUGUCAACAUUCCAACGAACUUGACUCCAAGACAACGGGAAUUGAUUGAAGAGUUUGCCAAAGAAGAACAGGGUGAAUAUGAUAAGUGUGCUGCUGGAGCCUCUGGGUAAAGAGACCUGAGCAAACUCGUCAGCCUUCAUCAGCCAUCUCAGGGUUAGCAAGACAAUAUAAAAGAAAGGGAUCAAGAAUAGGAGGAAAGGUCAUAUUAUUUUAACCGACCUUUAUCAGAAGUUUUGUAGGAUGAAAUUUGUUGAGAUGCAUGCGACCUUUUGUUUAUUUUAGAAGGAAUGUAAUUUUUUUUUUCCCUCGUGGAUCACAAUCACAAUUAUACAAUAUUAUUCGAGGCCAAAAGUUGAGCUUCUUUCAAUCAAAUACAAUGGUCUUUGUACAGAAUUUAUAUUGUAUUUUUAUUACAAUUUUUGAUUGCGUGCAGAACGCAAUCUAUCGGAAUGAUCUUUGCUUUCCCAGCUCAACAAUAAAUAGGGAUGAUUUAUGUUUUCUGAAA